GAAGAAGAUGAAGAAGCUAUAAACAGAGACUGUCCUUUGAUUAUCCAUUGUUGUUCCCACCACCCUUUAAACGAAAAAGACAUCUUCCUCCUGCAUGGGAAACAAUAAUCGGUUUGCCGAAAAGUUUCCCACAAAUGAAGGAAGACCCGUUUCUCGUUUCUUCGUCUCCCUCAUUAUGGUUCUUCAAGUUCUGGCAUUUACGUUUCAACCAGUCUCAGGAGGCCAUUCGUGGGAUGGUGUGAUUGUUACACAAGCCGAUUAUCAGGCUCUGCGAGCUAUAAAGCGAGAAUUCAUCGAUUUCAGAGGAGUUCUGAGGAGCUGGAAUGACAGUGGAAUUGGAGCUUGUUCUGGUGGGUGGGCAGGAAUCAAGUGCGUGAAGGGACAGGUUAUUGCAAUCCAGCUUCCAUGGAGGGGAUUGGGUGGUCGAAUUUCCGAGAAAAUCGGAUCGCUUCAAGCUCUUAGGAAGCUGAGUCUACACGACAAUGUACUAGGUGGUCCUGUCCCUUGGUCUCUUGGCUUCCUUCCUAAUCUCAGAGGAAUCUACCUCUUCAACAAUAGGCUUUCAGGUUCUGUCCCUCCUUCCAUUGGCAGGAAUAGCCCACUGCUUCAGUCUAUUGAUUUUAGCAAUAACUCGCUCUCAGGUACUAUCCCUCCUAGCUUAGUAAACUCUACUAGAUUAUACAGACUCAAUUUGAGCUUUAACUCUCUUUCUGGCUCUAUUCCUAGAACUUUCACUAUGGUUCCUUCUUUAACUUUUCUUGCUCUUCAACACAACAAUCUUUCUGGUUCUAUCCCAGAUUCAUGGGGUAGUGGAAUGGGAAAAAACCAAACUUACAAUCUUCAAAUCUUGACCCUCGAUCACAAUCUCAUUUCUGGAACCAUUCCGGUUUCUUUGAGUGAGAUGGGAUUUCUCCAAGAGAUUUCUCUUAGCCAUAACCAGAUGAAAGGGUCUAUUCCAAGUGAGCUCGGCGGGCUUUCGAGGCUUCAAACUCUUGAUCUAUCAAACAAUGGCAUUAAUGGUAGCUUCCCAGAUAAUUUUGACCAGUUAAAAAACCUUACUGUGCUUAACCUGCAUAAUAAUAAGCUUGAGGGUGAAAUCCCAUCAACAAUUGGGAACUUCUCAGUGAUCACGCAGAUUGACUUCUCUGAAAAUAAACUCGUGGGAGAGAUUCCAGAUUCACUUACCAAGCUUGCAAAUUUGACCUCUUUUAAUGUUUCUUACAACAAUCUCUCUGGCCUUGUUCCAUCCCUCCUCUCCAAAAGAUUCAAUUCUAGCUCCUUUGCUGGGAAUCUCCAACUCUGUGGGUAUGUCCCUUCAAAACCAUGCCCUUCUUCUUCACCCCCACCUCAGAAUCCUCCAUCUCCAUCCCCAAAACCUUCAUUGAACCCACACCACCGUAAACUAAGCACCAAGGACAUAAUCCUCAUAGUAGCAGGUGCUCUUCUUGUCAUUCUUCUUCUACUUUGCUGCGUUUUGCUUUGCUGUUUGGUCAGGAAGAGAGCAGCCGCUAAAGAAAAGAAUGGGAAUAUUGCCAAAACAUCCGCUGCUGCUGGUACUGCACGAAGUGCAGGAAAAGGAGGUGAAGUUGAAUCAGGAGGUGAAGCAGGAGGGAAGCUAGUUCACUUUGAUGGCCCAUUUGUUUUUACGGCUGAUGACCUCUUGUGCGCUACUGCUGAGAUUAUGGGAAAAAGCGCUUAUGGAACAGCAUACAAGGCAACGCUAGAGGAUGGGAACCAGGUUGCUGUGAAGAGGUUGAGGGAGAAGACAACCAAAGGGCAGAAGGAGUUCGAAACUGAGGUUGCUGCACUCGGUAAAAUUAGACACCCAAAUCUGCUGGCACUUAGAGCAUACUACAUGGGACCAAAGGGAGAGAAGCUUCUUGUCUUUGAUUACAUGACCAAAGGAAGUCUAGCAUCGUUCCUCCACGCUAGGGGCCCGGAAAUUGUCAUAGACUGGCCAACAAGGAUGAGAAUAGCCCUUGGAGUAACCCGCGGCCUAUGCUACCUGCAUACAGAAGAGAACAUAGUACACGGAAAUCUCACCUCAAGCAACAUACUCUUGGAUGAGCAGACAAAUGCCCAUAUCACAGACUUUGGUCUCUCAAGGCUAAUGACCACGUCAGCAAACAGCAACAUCAUAGCCACUGCAGGAAACCUUGGUUAUAAUGCACCAGAGCUCACAAAGACCAAGAAACCAAACACAAAAACUGAUGUCUAUAGUCUUGGUGUCAUCAUUUUGGAGCUCUUAACUGGAAAACCUCCUGGUGAACCAACCAAUGGCUUGGACUUGCCACAGUGGGUUGCAUCCAUAGUGAAGGAAGAAUGGACUAAUGAAGUGUUUGAUUUGGAGCUCAUGAGGGAUGCACCAGCUAUUGGCGAUGAACUGCUUAAUACCCUGAAAUUAGCUCUUCACUGUGUGGAUCCAUCCCCAGCUGCUAGGCCUGAAGUUCAGCAGAUUCUUCAGCAACUGGAGGAGAUCAAGCCAGAUUCUUCUGUGGAUGAUGAUGGAGCAAAAGCCCCAGAAACCGAGCAAAAAGCCCCAGAAACUGAGCAAACUUGAGAUUUGUUCUUAUUUGAUAUAUCACAGGGAGAAUUUUCAGUUUCUUUAUUGUAGGGGAGAAAGAUAGAUAUCAAGCGAGACUUGGCAGAUUUCCGUUCAGCAGAUUCUGGAGCAUAUGUAGAUCAAGCUGGACUUAGCUUCUGCCGCUUCAGAGGAUGAUGGAGCAAACGUCGCAGAGUUCUCAGUCGAUUUCAUUAAUAGAUUUUAGUCACUAUCAUAGGAGAGAAAGAAAUAUGAUGUUCUUGGUUUCUUUUAUUCUUUUAUUGGUUUAUUUAUUUUGUUAUGUAUAUAGAAGCCAUUAAUGGUUGAUUCUUUUAUAUGUACUAAAUUUUCUGAAUAAACUAUAUACUUCCAUUUGA